GGGGCCAAGAUGGCGGCGGCGCUGUCGGUGAGCGGGGCCGGGCCCGGGCCCGGAGCGGAGCCACCGGCGGGGCCCGGCCUGGCCCCCGAGGAGGAGCUGCCGCCGCUGGACCCGGCCGAGGUGCGGAGCCGCCUGGAGCACAGCGAGCGGCAGUUCCGCAAUCGGCGGAAGGUGCUGAUCCGCGGCUUACCGGCGGAUGUGACCAACCAGGAUAUCCACGAGCUGCUGAAGGACUACGAGCUCAAGUAUUGCUUUGUGGACAAGUACAAGGGGACGGGUGAGGUCCACGCUUCACGGGCCGAGCAGGCGGCCUCGGCGGUCGGGCGCUUCCACGGCCGCUCGCUGCGGCAGCGCGCGCUGCGGGUGCAGCUGCAGCCCACGGAGGCCGUGCUGUGCGUGGCCAACCUGCCGCGCCUGCUGACGCAGCCGCAGUUCGAGGAGCUGCUGCGGCCCUUCGGCAGCCUGGAGCGCUGCUUCCUGGUCUACAGCCCCGCCACGGGCCACUCCAAGGGCUACGGCUUCGUGGAGUUCAUGAAGAAGGACUCGGCAGCCCGGGCGCGCUCGGAGCUGCUGGGCAAGCAGCUGGGCAGCCGCAGGCUGCACGUGCACUGGGUGGAUGCGGCACUGCGCGCCGCGCGUGGACAGGCCCCCGAGCUGCUGCACUCGCGCUGCCUGUUCUGCGGCGUGGACAGGCUGCGCCGUUCCAGCGGUCUGGAGCGCCCUUCUGCAGGGGCUUAGGGCUUUGUGUUCCAGAGGGUCUGCGAGCCCUCCUUCUGCCAGCUGGCCAUCGGGCAGGACGGGCAGCCCAAGGGUUUUGCUGUUCUGGAGUUCGAGUCGCCCGAGGCGGCCGAGCGAGCCCAGGAGGCCACGGACGGGUUCCCUCUGUCCGGGCAGCACAUCCGUGUGUCCUUCUGGGCCCCCGGGCCCUCCGGCCGCAGCAUGCUGGCCGCGCUGAUCGCCGCCCAGGCCACGGCUCUGAACCGUGGCAAGGGGCUGCUCCCCGAGCCCACCCUGCUGCAGAUCCUGGGCAGCCUGGGGAACCCGGCCUCACUGCAGCUGCUGCUCAACCCCCUGCUCCAGGGGGCCCUGGGGGCCAAGCAGGGAAUUUUGGGAGCUGCUCCCUCCCUUCCCCUGGUGCCCAACCCGGCUCUCUCCACGGCUCUGCUCCAGCUGGCUCUGCACAGCCAGGCCCAGAAACCGGGAAUUUUGGGCGAUUCCCCGCUGAGCUCCCUGGCCCAGCCCCCCGGGAAGCUCCUGGGGGAGAUCCCCUCAGGCGCGCCCGGGGACGGGGCCCAGCCCCGCGGGAAGUCCCCGGUGCUGGCGCCGUUCCUGGCGCAGGACAAGGCAGCGCUGGGACCCCCAGGGACCCCCCCGGCGCUGGGACCCCUCCCCAAGCCCCUCCCCAAAGCCCAGCAGGGCGAGAGCGGAGCCCCCGCCCCCACGGUCUCUCUCCUGGGGGAGCCCCCCAAAGACCUGAGGAUCCCCCUCAAUCCCUACCUGAACCUGCAGAGCCUGCUGCCCGCGCCCGGCCUGCCCGGAAAAGGGUUUAAGGCGAAACCCGGAGUUUUGGGGACCCCCCCGCCCGACGCCUUCGCCGUGGAGUUCCCGGAUUUGGGGUCCCGGAUUUUCCCCCAGCCCCGCGACCACGGCUCCAUCCUGGGGGGCUUCGGGCACGGCAGGCACAAGGUCUCCCCCUCCUCGGGGUUGGACAGGGGGGCUCUGGGACCCCCGGGGCCCCCCUUUUUCUCAGGAUCCCCCAGUUCCUACUUCACCAGUGGCCUCCAGGCCGGGCUCAAGCAGAGCCACCUGAGCAAGGCCGUCGCCGUCCCCCCGAGCUCCGACUCCAUCCUCGCCUUGGCUCCCCCCAGUUCUCACCCCAAGACGCCGCUGGGGGGGCACAAGAGGGGCUUCUCCCACCUGCUGCCGUCGCCCGAGCCCAGCCCCGAGGGCUCCUACGUGGGCCAGCACUCGCAGGGCCUGGGCGGCCACUACGCCGACUCCUACCUGAAGAGAAAAAGGAUAUUUUAGUGGGGGAAAACCCCGAAAAAAUCCCCGAAAAAAUCCCCGAAAAAAUCCCCAAAACAAACCCCAAAAAAACCCCAAAACAA